AUGGUCGAUCUUACGGAAUUGUCCAAUUUUGGCAUAACUACGCAAUUGACAGUUAUUGGUCGCAAUCCAGAUGAACAAAAUGGUUUUGUCAAUCCGCCGCUCUAUAAGGGUUCGACCAUCAUUCAUAAGAAACUUGAUGAUGUAGAGCACAUGAAAGGAAGGUUUUUUUACGGAACAGCAGGUUCUCCAACCAUUGCCAAUUUGGAAGAUGCUUGGACUCAUUUAACUGGCGGCGCUGGAACAGUAUUAUCUCCUUCUGGUCUUGGUUCUAUCUCCUUGGCGUUGUUGACCCUAGCGAAAGCUGGCGACCAUAUCUUGAUCACCGAUAGUGUCUACGUUCCAACACGUAUGUUAUGUGACGGUCUGUUAGCCAAGUUCGGUAUUGAAACGGAAUAUUAUGACCCAUCGGUAGGCGAGGAUAUAAAGAAACUGAUUAAGCCCAAUACAACCGUCAUUUUCCUUGAGAGCCCGGGUUCUGGAACCAUGGAAAUCCAGGAUAUUCCAGCGCUGGUCUCCGUCGCCAAAAAGCAUGGAAUCAAAACUAUUCUAGAUAACACAUGGGCGACACCGCUUUUCUUCGAUGCCCAUGGACAUGGUAUUGAUAUCUCACUAGAAGCUGGGACGAAGUAUUUAGGUGGUCAUUCGGAUCUCCUUAUUGGUUUGACCUCUGCAAAUGAGGAAUGUUGGCCACUAUUGCGCUCAACUUACGAUGCAAUGGCCAUGUUACCUGGUGCCGACGAUUGUCUGUUGGCCUUACGAGGAAUGCGUACUUUACAUUUGCGGUUGAAAGAGGCAGAAAGAAAAGCCUUAGAUUUGGCUGCUUGGCUCGAGGACCGAGAUGAGGUUGAGAAAGUCCUUCACCCUGCAUUCAAGGACUGUCCUGGACAUGAGUACUGGGUGCGUGAUUACAAAGGAUCUUCAGGAUUAUUUUCCAUUGUCCUUAAGGAUGGAUAUACAAGAACCGGGUUGGAGAAUAUGGUGGAAAAGAUGAAGGUUUUUCACCUGGGAUUCUCAUGGGGGGGUUAUGAAUCCUUAAUUACACCUGUAAAUCCAGCUAGGCAAAGGAAAGCUGCAAACUGGCCUCAUCGUGGCUUUGCAUUACGAAUUCAAGUAGGUUUAGAAGAACUAACAGAUCUAAAAAGAGACCUCGAAUUAGGAUUUGAACGUUUAGCGCAAGAGAUAUCAGUGGCCCCUUUGCAAAUCUAG